UACUACAACAAUCACGGCAGCGAGCCUCAGGAUCUGCACGGAGCCAAGGAGUGCAACAAGGAAUGCAGCAAGGGCAGGGGCACCAAGAAGGGCAGCAACACCCAUUGCAGCAGGCGGAACAGGAUCGAGACGUCGAGCAGCCGGGGCGGCCACGGUCCCCCCCCCAGGAGACGGAGCAGGGGGAAUCGAGACAACCCCUACGACCCCGCAACCCGCAGGGUCAACGGUGGGGUCUCUCCUCAAGUGAUAACGACACAACGGACGGCGAAGACUCCAGGAGCAGUGGGACUGAGCAGAGGGGAGUAUGAUGGAGGUGCAGGGGCAAGGUGCGGAGGGAUUGGAGGUAAACCACCUUCAAGCGGGUCCGUCACAAGGACGCCGCACGGAUUGGAAGAUAAUGAAAGCGGUCAGGAAAGCGGCCCUGACUCUCUGAAGGAUCCCGCAGUGAGCAUUAAGAGUGUGGAUGGCGAACUCACUCUCCAGGUUGAGGAGAAAAUGGCGAUUGCGCAAAUGACGUAUAUGCGCGCGCAUAUAAUAGUGAUGCUCUUCGAGGGACCUCUGAAGGAUCUGGCGCCUCGGGCCAAGCUCGAUUGGAUACGUUGCUGGGAACUGGAGAAUUGGCCCGAGAAAGGCCAGGCUUCGUACAAAGGCCGGGCGAUAGUGGAGGGUGGGGCUCUGGUCUUCUACUGGGCCCCCACGGCUGCGCUGCGAAACUGGCUGCUCCAUGACCGGGGGAUCGAGGGGAUUCGACUAGGCGAUCAUACGUACUUCGUUCGAUUUACAUCAUGGAAAUCGCCAGUAGAGGUGAAGUGGGAGAGGCUGCAAGAGCGGAAGGCGAAACCAUGGGUACGGUUUGUUCAGCCCCCUCCCAUGGCGGUGCUCAUGCUCCGACAGUUAGCUGAAUCAUUCUUUGGGGCAGUCAGAAACCCCGAGGGCACCUGGGCGGUAGAUGGGGAUGGUAGGGAGACAAUCAAAUUCGACCUCUACCCCCCUCUGCGCUCGCAGGGAUUGGAGCGGUUGGCGGUGGCGCAAGCGUACUACGGCCGGCCAGAGGUUAGGGGUGUUACAAGUGAGACCCCAUGGUGCGACAACUGCCGAAGGCACGUGCAUCUCGCACGUAGGGGUCGUUGCUUAACUAUGGCGGAGACCAAGGAGGAACUGGCCCGUAGGGAGCAGCUGCUGCGAGCUGACCCAGGCCUUCCAAGUGACGACACUACGGAAACUGUUUGUUGGGAGAACUUCGAAAUGGAGUUCGACAAUGUGAUCUAUACCGAGAUCGCCACCGAGUCCAGCCUGGGCGACGUGAUGGAGGCUGUGGUAAAAGAAGAUGGGGAACAACGAGAAGACAACAGGCAUCCGGUGGCAAUGGAAUGCUGCAAAGACAUGGAUGAGCAGACCAACGAUCAACGCCUCCGGAGACAGAAGCAGGAUACAUCGGCAAAAGUCAAAGACCAGGUGGAUAAGGAUGGACGCGGGGAGAAUCCGCAACCUUACGAGCCGCUCCGUCAGCACCGGAAGGAGGGCGAUGGAGACCGGGAGGUGACACCUGGAGCAUUAGCUGAAAACAGCGAGGGUGAUGGGGACAAGGGCUCGAAGGGCUCGAAGCAGACUGACCAGGUGCCUCCUCUCCAGGGUCGAAAGACCCAACACCAACGGUCGGAACAGCAGCGUGAGGAGGCAGGUGCUAUGGGGGGUGGAGCGGCGGGGGAGGAAAAGAAGGACACAAACGGAGAUCGGAAAGAGAAGCUCGAGGUAGGGGAGGAAGGAAACACGACUACAACUCCUGGGCUGGAAGAAGGGCAAGCUAAAGGUGGGGAGCGGGCCGAGCAGGAACCACUCCGCUGCGAUCAGAACGCUCAGCACCAACGGAGGCAGCAGCGACGUCGCGACGUGAGCAGAUUGGGGUGCGGCAAGCAGGUGGCGGCCCCGCCCCCCAAGCCGAAAGGAAGGCCAAAGAGUACUCGGGGACGCUUAGCCGCGGGUGACACCUGCUCGCUUAUGCGACCCCAUAGCCAGAAGGCCAAGCGGAAGCCCAAGGCCAGGGUGCUUUGUUAUGGGUCGGCCUCGAGGGGCCGGUAUACCAGCCAGAAGGACAAAACAGGACGCCAUCAGCAGAAGACCACUCCUCAAGCGGUCGCCAUGCCAGACCCUAUACGGGGAGCCGAAUUUGAACUCCUCAAAGGCAUCAACGACCUCAAGAUCGUGCCCCCCCAGCCACAGGAAGGAAUUCGAGGCCAAGAGGAAUGGCCAUCGCAGAGCAGUCGGGGCAUGAACUCUAAGCGCGGCCGCCAGCGCAGGCAGGGCAGGGGUCGGACUAGCAGGGAGGCAUCGCCUGUUGACUUACCGGAUGAAUCUGAACAGGACAAAAGGAGGAAGACCUCUGAGCCGAUGAUAGGUAAACUGAUGCAGAACCUGGAGGGCAAGGAUUGGCAGCACUUCCAUUGGGAGUACUGGUUGACCCUCCGCCACCCGCAACAGACUGCGCUGCAGUGGCUGACGGAUGGCACAGCAGCCCUGGCUCGAACGCUCAAGCAAGCAGUGCUAGCAUCAAAGACGGCGCGGCGAGCCAGGGCGGACGCCUUCAUCCAACGGGCACUGGACCUGGGUGAUGGGCCCGCCACCCAAGAAGAGGAGGAAGACUGGUGGAUGGAAUGGGCGGCUCUUAAAGUGGAGUGGGAUGAGUGGCAAAUGCAAGAUGCAGAAUUCUGGGGUCUCAUAAAUAAAACGGCAUGGACAGUGGCGGCGGAGAGGAUGACUAAAACAUUUUUUCGAACCCUUCGCACAAAGCGACCGGCGUCUUAUAUGCAGGCCCUGGACCCCCCUUUUGACGAACGGCUCCCGCCAGCGACCACCACGCCGCAGAUCCUCGAAUACGCCCGACAAUAUUAUACCUACCUGCUGACUCAGGAACAGACCGAGCGCACCAAUGAUGCUCACGACGACGACGCAGCCAGCGUGGAGAGGGAGGUCUGGUCAAAAACUACGACUCAGCUGAGUGCUGACGAUGCUGGACAGAUGGAACGACCGAUCACAGAUGACGAGAUCUUACAAGCCUUGGCUGACAUGCCAGCUCGAAAAGCCCCGGGUCCGGACGGCAUGCUCGUGGAGCAUCUGAAGUACUACAACAAUCACGGCAGCGAGCCUCAGGAUCUGCACGGAGCCAAGGAGUGCAACAAGGAAUGCAGCAAGGGCAGGGGCACCAAGAAGGGCAGCAACACCCAUUGCAGCAGGCGGAACAGGAUCGAGACGUCGAGCAGCCGGGGCGGCCACGGUCCCCCCCCCAGGAGACGGAGCAGGGGGAAUCGAGACAACCCCUACGACCCCGCAACCCGCAGGGUCAACGGUGGGGUCUCUCCUCAAGUGAUAACGACACAACGGACGGCGAAGACUCCAGGAGCAGUGGGACUGAGCAGAGGGGAGUAUGAUGGAGGUGCAGGGGCAAGGUGCGGAGGGAUUGGAGGUAAACCACCUUCAAGCGGGUCCGUCACAAGGACGCCGCACGGAUUGGAAGAUAAUGAAAGCGGUCAGGAAAGCGGCCCUGACUCUCUGAAGGAUCCCGCAGUGAGCAUUAAGAGUGUGGAUGGCGAACUCACUCUCCAGGUUGAGGAGAAAAUGGCGAUUGCGCAAAUGACGUAUAUGCGCGCGCAUAUAAUAGUGAUGCUCUUCGAGGGACCUCUGAAGGAUCUGGCGCCUCGGGCCAAGCUCGAUUGGAUACGUUGCUGGGAACUGGAGAAUUGGCCCGAGAAAGGCCAGGCUUCGUACAAAGGCCGGGCGAUAGUGGAGGGUGGGGCUCUGGUCUUCUACUGGGCCCCCACGGCUGCGCUGCGAAACUGGCUGCUCCAUGACCGGGGGAUCGAGGGGAUUCGACUAGGCGAUCAUACGUACUUCGUUCGAUUUACAUCAUGGAAAUCGCCAGUAGAGGUGAAGUGGGAGAGGCUGCAAGAGCGGAAGGCGAAACCAUGGGUACGGUUUGUUCAGCCCCCUCCCAUGGCGGUGCUCAUGCUCCGACAGUUAGCUGAAUCAUUCUUUGGGGCAGUCAGAAACCCCGAGGGCACCUGGGCGGUAGAUGGGGAUGGUAGGGAGACAAUCAAAUUCGACCUCUACCCCCCWCUGCGCUCGCAGGGAUUGGAGCGGUUGGCGGUGGCGCAAGCGUACUACGGCCGGCCAGAGGUUAGGGGUGCUACAAGUGAGACCCCAUGGUGCGACAACUGCCGARGGCACGUGCAUCUCGCACGUAGGGGUCGUUGCUUAACUAUGGCGGAGACCAAGGAGGAACUGGCCCGUAGGGAGCAGCUGCUGCGAGCYGACCCAGGCCUUCCMAGUGACGACACUACGGAAACUGYUUGUUGGGAGRACUUCGAAAWKGAGUUCGACAAYGUGAUCUAUACCGAGAUCGCCACCGAGUCCAGCCUGGGCGACGUGAUGGAGGCUGUGGUAAGAGAAGAUGGGGAACAGCGAGAAGACAACAACCAUCCGGUGGCAAUGGAAUGCUGCGAAGACAUGGAUGAGCAGACCAUCGAUCAACGCCUCCGGGUAUGGAAGCAGGACACAUCGGCAAAAGUCGAAGACCAGGUGGAUAAGGAUGGACGCGGGGAGAAUCCGCAACCCUACGAGCCGCUCCGUCAGCACCGGAAGGAGGGCGAUGGAGACCGGGAGGUGACACCUGGAGCAUUAGCUGACGACAGCGAGGGUGAUGAGGAUAAGGGCUCGAAGGGCUCGAAGCAGACUGACCAGGUGCCUCCUCUCCAGGGUCGAAAGACCCAGCACCAACGGUCGGAACAGCGGCGUGAGGAGGCAGGUGCUAUGGGGGGUGGAGCGGCUGGGGAGGAAAAGAGGGACACAGACGGAGAUCGGAACGAGAAGCUCAAGGUAGGGGAGGAAGGAAAGACGACUACAACUUCUGGGCUGGAAGAAGGGCAAGCUAAAGGUGCGGAGCGAGCCGAGCAGGAACCGCUCCGCUACGAUCAGAACGCUCAGCACCAAAGGAGGCAGCAGCAACGUGGUGACGUGAGCAGAUUGGGGCGCGGCAAGCAGGUGGCGGCCCCGCCCCCCAAGCCGAAAGGAAGGCCAAAGAGUACUCGGGGACGCUUAGCCGCGGGUGACACCGGCUCGCUUAUGCAACCCCAUAGCCAAAAGGCCAACAGGAAGCCCAAGGCCAGGGUGCUUUGUUAUGGGUCGGCCUCGAGGGGCAGGUAUAGCAGCCAGAAGGACAAAAUAGGACGCCAUCAGCAGAAGACCACUCCUCAAGCGGUCGCCAUGCCAGACCCUAUACCGGAAGCUGAAUUUGAACUCCCCAAAGGCAUCAACGACCUCAAGAUCGUGCCCCCCCAGCCACAGGAAGGAAUUCGAGGCCAAGAGGAACGGCCAUCGCAGAGCAGUCGGGGCACGAACUCUAAGCGCGGCCGCCAGCGCAGGCAGGGCAGGGGUCGGACGAGCAGGGAGGCAUCGCCUGUUGACUUACCGGAUGAAUCUGAACACGACAAAAGGAGGAAGACCUCUGAGUCGAUGAUAGGUAAACCGAUGCAGAACCCGGGGGGCAAGCAUUGGGAAUAUUGGAUGGAGCUGCGAUCUCCCUCCCAGUCGACCCUGACGUGGUUAAUGGAAGGCACUGCGGCCCUCGUCCGGCUGCUCAAGGCACGCGCCGCGGCAUCCAGACGGGCUCGGAGACGCACUGCUGAGGAAUUCGCCCAGCGGGCGCUUGACCUAGGAGAUGGACCGGGUCCCCAGGACGAUGAGAAUGACUGGUGGCCGCAGUGGGCAGCCCUCAAAACCCAGUGGGAAGAAUGGCAGAUCACAGAUCCUGACUUGUGGGCCUGCAAGAACAAAGCGAACUGGACUGUGGCGGCAGAACGCAUGUCCAAAACUUUCUUCGCCCAACUGCGCGCGGACAGACCCCCCUCACUGAUGCUUGCUAUUAACCACCCCUUUGACGACUCUAAGCCAACAGCGGAUUCCACACAGACAAUCUUACACUACGUGGAAGAGUACUAUCGGUACCUCUUCUCUGAGGAAAAACCCGCUGGUGCGAAAGACCCUCCGGAGACUCUUGAACACCUCAUUUGGAGUAAAAUCACUAAGACGGUAUCCCCAGAAGAUCGUCAGAGAUUGGACGAACCAAUUACGGACGGAGAACUGUCUGCUGCUCUCGUUGACAUGCCUGCCGCAAAAGCGCCGGGCCCCUAUGGAAUGUCGGCAGAGCAUCUCAAACUCUGCUUUGAGCUCCUUGGCCCAUACCUGUUGCUGGGCUUCAAUGCGGUAUGGCUUGGCCAAGAGGCCCUCCCACCUGAUUUCGCGCUGGCCACGGUGAUCUUGAUACAUAAGAAGGGCCCCCUAAAGGAAAUUCGGAACUGGCGGCCCAUCUCACUACUCUCGGCCCCCUAUAAGCUGCUCGCCAAAGUUAUGGCUAAUCGCUUGGAAACAUUGCUCCCGGAAAUAGUAGACGAGACGCAAACAGGGUUUAUCCCUGGCCGCAGAAUCAUCACCAGUGUCCUCCUAGCGCAGCAGCCCAUCGCCGACAGCGCUGUGUAUCUAGGGAUUGUAAUGUCGGAUGCACUAUCGAAUGGCACUCAGAUCGAGGCCAUCAUGCAAAAAGCUACCAACCGUAUGGCGUACUGUGCCAAACGACUUCAGGCGGGGGUAUUUGGCCRAGCCCUCCUGGCCAAUACAGCGGCCUCCUCGAUGYUGUGGUACGCUGGAGCGGUCUCGAUGCCUGGUCAGCAGGCACAAMGAAACUAUAGGACUAAUCUGGUGAAAUUCAUUUGGAAAAAUGACCCUUUAGCACCGACAACUAUCCACCGGGUGGCAUGGGACAAGCUCAUCCAACCUAUGGCCUCGGGGGGACUUGGCAUACUGGACCCCUCUAAUCAGAUCCGAGCACUACACUUGCGCACCGUCCUCUGGCUGCUCCUAGAGGAUGAGUCUUCCCCCUGGAAAAUAUUGACUCUGCAGACUAUGGCAGAUGCCAUGCGCCUCCACCCCGCGGAUAUGGAAACGGCUCUUCUACAGCCUUCGUUAUUGGGCAACCUCAAGCGGGGGGCACUGUGGACCCCCACACUUCCACUGUGGAGAAAGUUAUCUCCUCUUCGCCUCCGCCCACCUUCGUCCAGGGAUCAGAUACUUCAGCAACCCCUCUUCGAUAACCCCAUGAUGUUAGAUGCUGAAGGUCGUCCGUUCCCCUGGAUGAAGACCAAAGGAGCCUUUGGUAGGGUGUGGCUAGCAGCCGGGAUAGGCCGGGUCGCUGACAUAUGGGACGAAACCAACGGGGACUGGAAGGACGAUGACCUGAUGACGGAGACGUUGCGGGGACAGACUGAUAAACUGACACGACUCAAAUGCAUUCAACAGGCCAUCCCGGACGAAUGGAUAGCCAUGCUCGGAUCAGGCCUGAGAUAUCGCGGGGAAUGGGUGGUCCUCCAGACCAAUACCCUGCAAAACAGCACCCCGCCUUGGCUCAUCUUCUAGCUACGCGCCAAAGUUGGCUCGCAAUGGUUUCUGGCAGAAGCCUGGCAGCCCGAGGGCCUGGCCUCACCCACUA